GGGAGCACUGCAGUGAAAGCCGAAGCAGCAGACAGGCAAGCUGGGGGCGGGCGGACAUCUUGGGAUCCGAGAGUGGCCAGGCCGGCCUUGUGGGAGCUGCUGACUCCAGGUCUGUUCUCAGAGCAAUGGGUCACAGAGACUGAGCUGCCACCAUGAUCGGAGGCUUAUUCAUCUAUAAUCACAAGGGGGAGGUGCUUAUCUCCCGGGUCUACAGAGAUGACAUCGGGAGGAAUGCUGUGGAUGCCUUUCGGGUCAAUGUCAUUCAUGCACGGCAGCAGGUGCGCAGCCCUGUCACAAACAUCGCUCGCACCAGCUUCUUCCAUGUUAAGCGGUCCAACAUCUGGCUGGCCGCAGUCACCAAGCAGAAUGUCAAUGCCGCCAUGGUCUUCGAAUUCCUCUACAAGAUGUGUGAUGUAAUGGCUGCUUACUUUGGCAAGAUCAGUGAGGAGAACAUCAAGAACAAUUUUGUGCUCAUAUACGAGCUGCUGGAUGAGAUUCUGGACUUUGGCUACCCACAGAACUCAGAGACAGGUGCACUGAAAACCUUCAUCACUCAACAGGGUAUCAAGAGUCAGACAAAAGAGGAACAGUCCCAGAUCACCAGCCAGGUGACCGGGCAGAUUGGCUGGCGCCGGGAAGGCAUCAAGUAUCGCCGGAAUGAGCUCUUCCUAGAUGUCCUGGAGAGUGUGAACCUGCUUAUGUCCCCACAGGGGCAGGUGCUGAGUGCCCAUGUGUCAGGCCGGGUGGUGAUGAAGAGUUACCUGAGCGGCAUGCCUGAGUGCAAGUUUGGAAUGAAUGACAAGAUUGUCAUCGAAAAGCAGGGCAAAGGCACAGCUGAUGAAACAAGCAAGAGCGGUAAGCAGUCGAUCGCCAUUGAUGACUGCACCUUCCACCAGUGUGUGCGACUCAGCAAGUUUGACUCUGAGCGGAGCAUCAGCUUCAUCCCUCCUGAUGGAGAGUUUGAACUCAUGAGAUACCGUACUACCAAGGACAUCAUCCUUCCUUUCCGGGUGAUCCCAUUGGUGAGGGAGGUGGGACGCACCAAGCUGGAGGUCAAGGUGGUCAUCAAGUCCAACUUCAAGCCCUCACUUCUGGCCCAGAAGAUUGAGGUGAGGAUUCCAACCCCACUGAACACAAGCGGGGUGCAGGUGAUCUGCAUGAAGGGGAAGGCCAAGUACAAGGCCAGCGAGAACGCCAUCGUGUGGAAGAUCAAACGCAUGGCGGGCAUGAAGGAAUCACAGAUCAGCGCAGAGAUUGAGCUCCUGCCCACCAAUGAUAAGAAAAAAUGGGCUCGGCCCCCCAUCUCCAUGAACUUUGAGGUGCCAUUCGCGCCUUCUGGCCUCAAGGUGCGCUACUUGAAGGUAUUCGAACCGAAGCUGAACUACAGCGACCACGACGUCAUCAAAUGGGUGCGAUACAUUGGCCGCAGUGGCAUUUAUGAAACCCGCUGCUAGCUGCCUAGUUGCAGCUGGCCACCUCCCUCCCACCCUUCCACAGGUCCAAGUACCCCAGUGGCCGCUCACCAGUGUCGUUGCUCCCUCCUGCUCUGCUGCCUUCCUUUUCCAACAGCCCCGAGGAUAGGUCUGAACCAGCCACAUCACGGUGGCACUGCUCAGGCAGUGCCUGGCUUCCUGGGAAGGUGGCUUUUGAGGCUUCUCUUCCGUCUGUCCUGGCUUAGUGCCAGGCCCUGAGUUUUGUGAACAAAGCCAGGUGGUCCCCUCUUCUCUUUACCCUUGUGGCCACACUCUGCAAUGGGAAGGCUGACUCCCCCUCACCUCAGAGCUCCCCCAAAGGCCAGUAACGGAUCCCCAGUCUGUAGUCCCUACUCUGCUUUGGGAUAGUAUGAGCUUCAUUUUGUACACGUGUGACUUUGUCCAGUUAUAAACCCAAUAAACGGUAGAGUGGA